UCGUGUGGCGCUAGGAUCGCUAGAGGGGCGAGUGACAGCUCUGAAAAAAUUUUGCCCACAUAUUUUGGUUGAUUUUUACGCAGGGAAAAUGUCUGGCCUUCCCUCAGGCAUACUCUCGCACACGCGGAAGGUGCAGAGUUUAUACAAGAGAUCCCUGAGGAACUUGGAGUCCUGGUAUGAUAGGAGGAAUGCUUUCCGCUAUCAAGCCACUCUGUUGAGGGCAAGAUUUGACAAGAAUCGCGACAUUAAGGAUAUGCGAGUGGCCAGAGAUUUGAUAGUGGAGGGAGAGAGGGAACUAUUUGAUAAACAGCACUACCAGCCGCAGAAGUUUGCUGGAAGUCCUGGAGGAUGUGCUUAUGAGCGUGAGGUUAUCCCGCCGGAUUGGGUGCUGGACUACUGGCAUCCGCUGGAGAAAGCCCAGUAUCCGGAGUACUUUGCUCGCCGCGAACAGCGCAAGAAGGAAUACGUGGAAUGGUGGGAAAAGAAGUACGGAAAGCCCACGGCUGAUGGGGCUCACCACUAGAGCAAUAUGUGAAGUAAAUAUCUAGCAAGUUGUACCACUAAAUCAUCUGUUUUGCGCUGGGA